AUGGAGGUGCGUUUAGAGAUCGCCGAGGAAGGUCUUAAAGUGUUUGUCGCCGCGCUGCAAUGUCUCGCGCAAGUUGGCAAGGAGAUGUCAAUUGAAUGUGACGUAUGUUCCCGUCGUCUAACUCUACGCGCUCUCAAUGACGCGCGUUCUGCUUCUGGCCAAGUGGUUCUGGACCGUACGUUUUUCUCCGAGUCUCAGGACAGCAGCAUCACCUUACAGGGUAUGGACAUCUCAUCAUUCGAGGCAUUGAAGGCGAGAUUUAAUAAUCGAAUACCUUUUCUCAAGUGCAAAGUAUUUACCAAGACGUGUUGCAAUGUUUUCCGCACGCUGAAGCACGUGCAGAGUGUCCAGUUGGCGCUACUGGUCGACCAAGAAGCACUGGACGUGGCUGAUGCCAGCCAAGCAAACGUCUCACAGGAAAGUGAGGUGGAUGAAAUAGAUUUGGAUUGUAUGGAGCUGCGCUGGAAGCUUCGCUGCGAUUUUGACAUUACAAAGACACACCACAUGAAAGUCCAAUCGUGCCAGAUCAUGCGUGCCGUAUUCGAUAAGGACUCGUGUCCCAAUCGUUUGCGAACACGGCAGCACCACUUGAGCUCCUUAUUGGCACAUAUUCAUCGUAGCAACGAAGUAAGCGUCACGUGCUCAGCUACCCAUGUGAAGUUUGAAAGUUACUUCUCCAAUUUUAUAGAUGGUAAGGCGCAGCUGCAAACGGAGACAGCGGUGGAGAGCGCUGAGUUUAGUGAAUACGUGCUGCAGCCAGCUUUGGAUAGCAUUGAAUCGUCCGCGCAGUUGAUCUUUUGUAUCAAAGAAAUUAGGGCCUUGCUGACAUUCUGCAAAACAAGCGACGUGUCGGAGAUUUUUUUUUAUUUCACAACAAGCGGCAGCCCGGUGCUAUUUACGGCCGAGUCGACGUCUGUGGCUAACGAAGAAGAGGUUCAGCUUUUCACAAAUAGAAACGCAAUUGGCAGUGAGAGCAAUGGUCAGGCACUAUCGCACUCGCAGUCUUCGUCGCAAGAGAACCCUCGGUACCUGACUCACAGUAAGCGUCCGCGCGUGGAUUAG